AUGGGGCCGAGCAACGGGUCGAGGGUGGUCAUGGCCGGCAGCGCGGGCAACUGGUUCCCCGGAGCAGACACUCCGGACUACCUCAACAAGCUCCCAGCGUCCUACGGAUUCGGCAUCCUUGGGGCAGAGCUCCUGGGCCAGGGUGACUGGUACUCAGCACCCCUCCCCGUCAUCAACGGCGAGCCCGCCACCUACCUUGGGGUCCCCAUCCCUCUGAACCUGGGCGAACUCUCCGCCAUCGAGUUCAUCGCCAUCGGCUCCGUGGAGAUCCUCAGGAACGGCGCCGAGGGCGAGCGUCGCAUCUGGCCUGGUGGUCAGUUCGACCCCCUGGGGCUGUCCAAGGGCAACCUGGAGGAGCUCAAGACCAAGGAGAUUAAGAACGGGCGGCUGGCCAUGCUGGCCUUCCUGGGGAUCAUCUCCCAGCACGCAGCCAAUGGGCUCAGCCCACUCCAAGCCCUGGGCACACACCUCGGCGACCCCUGGGCCAACAACUUUGCGACAAACAGCGUGGCGGUGCCCUUCGACUUUGGCAUCUGA